AUCUCUUCCCUCUUGUUUCGUCUUGCCAGAAUCCAGAAACCAGAAACCCUUGCUCUGCUCGUCCAUCUCAGCCAUGUCUAUCGUCAUCCUCGGAGCAGGCGUCGUCGGCCUGAGCGCCGCAGUUCUGCUUCAGUCGCAGUAUCCCGACCGCAAAAUCACCAUCCUGACCAAGGUCCAUCCUGCUGGAGACCUGAGCGCUGUCAACGACGAGGACUAUGCCAGCAACAAGGCCGGUGCUGUCUGGUCGACCUCGGCCGACGACCAAUAUCCCCAUGUUCGAGGCUUCUGCGAAGCGACAUACCAUGCGCUUUGGCAGCUCGCCCGUCGCCCCGAGCUCGCGAUCAUGCGAAUCUCCACCUACGAACUCAAGCCUGAACGUCCCGAGGGCUGGACACCUCCAUAUGUGUCUGCCUUUGCCCACGACUUUAGGAUUGUCGACCGAGAGCCACUCUUUGGCAGCGGCAGCUACUUUGGCGUCCACUACAAGACCACCACCGUCAAUGUCGGCAAAUACCUCAAGGUCCUGGCGGAUCUGUUCGUGAGCCGAGGCGGCCACAUUGUCGUGAGGGGCGUCCGCCAUAUCGACGAAGCCCUCGAUUACGACGAGGAUGUCCGAGUCGUAAUCAACUGCACCGGAUACGGCGCACAUUUCCUGGGUGGAGUCGACGACCAGAACGUCUAUCCGAUCCGCGGCCAAAUCGUCCUCGUCAAGGCACCUUGGGUCUGCAUGCGGAUCUCGAUGGGAUGGGGCCCCAAGGCCAUGACGUACAUGAUCCCGCGCGAAGACGGCACCCUCAUUCUCGGUGGCACCUACGAAGCCAACGAACGCGACAUCCAACCAAACCCCCGCACAGCCGAUGCCAUCAUCGAGCGCUGCAAGGUCCUCUAUCCCGAGCUCGUUCCGGCCGACGGCAGCCAGCUGGACAUUAUCACGACCGUCGCGGGACUUCGGCCCGCCAGAAAGGGCGGCGUCCGGGUCGAGGGUGAAACCAUUGUGCGCAACGAACGCUCUAUCCUCCUGGUCCACAACUACGGCCAUGGAGGCUACGGAUUUGUCGCAAGCUGGGGAUGCGCCGACCGAGUCUACCAGCUCGUCGAGGAGUUCUUGCACAGCCGCCGCAUCGAAGGGGCCGGAUCCUCCCUCGCAGGGUUCUUGGAGCGGGUCGAGGGCAUCUUUGACAACGCCUCGCAGGAAUAGCCAAAUGUCCAGAAUGACUGGGUGGCGACCGGGGCCUGCAGGUCGCUAUCUUGUUUCGCUCUGAACACCGUGGUUGUGGCCGACUUGCAUGCCACGACUAUUCUGCCGGGGCGUUGAUGUUGAUAUUAUGCUGGCGUUGCGAUCUUGAGAUCAUGGACGGUUUGAGCCCACACGAAACAUCACAUGCAUGUCGCCAUGAUUGUUGUUGUUGGUGGUGGUGGGGGAAUGUCGGUUGGCAAGACCAAAUCGUGCAAGUGUCCCCACCAGUAUGUUGUUCGCCACCGGCGUGUUGUUCGCCACCACCUUGGUCUCAGCAUGUCCCGUAUCGAUGAUGCCCAUGCAAUCCAUGCUGUCCAUGUCGUCCA